UCCCUGUAGCCUGUAGAGUCUUCAGGAGUGGCACAAGCUCACAACAAAAAGCUGUUCCACCACGUUCUAAUUGUGGUGUUCCAGUCUCACGGUGAGAUAAGAGGGACACGGAUAAUGUUGGAAAUGUGUUAAGACGGUUUUCUUGUAACCCAACUGGUGACUGCAACCGCACAGUGGUAACAUCUUCCAUGAUGACAAGGGAGAGAUGUUCCUAUCAGAUUCCUAUCCGUAAAUUCAGACGACAAUCAGAAAAUCUGGACCAACAGUGUUUGACUUCGGUGGGGCUCAGUGUUGGCCCCACGCGUCAGCCUCUACAAGCAUAGUCUAUCACAUCAUUAAGUACAAAAUUUUAUUAGAUCACGACUUGCUGCUGAUUUAUGGGCCCCACUACAAGCAUGCAGACCACGUGUCGACUUUACGUACCGGAACGAGAAAGAGGAUUGACGUAGGAGCAUUUUUAAACUCUAUGCCAGGCUGUACCGAGGAUCAGUGCUCCAAGUUGCUUAAAACUGCCGUGUCCCCAUGCUAUUGUUGGGACCCACAACUUUAGAUUGCCCUACGAUCAUGAUCAGCAUGAUCAGAUGAUUCUGGAACAUUUGAUUUGAGGCUUUCCAACUCUCUCUCCGGGGACUGGACAAUCGAAUCGAAACCCCUCCAUCUCCGCCCAUAACAGAGAAGCCCAGAAUCGCAGAAUAAACCUUCGAAGUUUAAAAGGUGAAACCAUGGUGGUUCCGGAGUCGGAAGCUCAUGCCCGUGGAGAGGUAGAAGCAACAGCAGAACAGCCACCCGAGGAUGCAUCGAAGACCCACUCCCUGUCAUCACUUGGAAGACAAUCCUCCAUCUACUCCCUCACCCUCGACGAGUUCCAGCACGCACUGUGCGAGAACGGGAAGAAUUUUGGGUCCAUGAACAUGGACGAGUUCCUCAAUAACAUCUGGACCGCCGAAGAAAACCAAGCUAUUCACUCCAACAAUGAGAAUUCGCAAACCAACCCAGACGAAGUCAGAGCCGGUAAGCUAAGGUGCAACCAACCCGGAUUGCUCCGCCAAGGUUCGCUCACUCUCCCUGCACAGCUCUGCCACAAAACCGUCGACGAGGUAUGGGCUGAAAUCCACAAAAUCCAAGAACAGCAACAGCUAGAGGGUCAACAACUGCAGGACUCUGGUGAUCCUGGAACUACCCAGCGUCAAAUCACUUUUGGAGAGAUGACUUUGGAGGAUUUCUUAAUCAGAGCUGGGGUUGUCCGGGAAACAUGUGGAUCCUCCUCUCAGCAACACCGACUGAUGACGCCAGCUACUGGUCUACCACCUGCAACGGCGACACCGCAGUAUGGGUACUCCGACCACCAGAGCACCGGAAACGGCGUAGAAAGCGGUGUCCCAACGUACCAAACAUUCCCACAAAGUGGUUCAGGAGAACCAUCAAACUAUACGGCGAAUGGAAAGAGGAACAGCGAUUACCAGCAAACAGGAGUUUGUUUUGGAGGAAGAGAGGGAAAUGGAGCUGGAUAUGCAACAGCUGUGACAAAUACGCUGGGGUCGCAGGUGAACUCGGCGACGUCUGAUGGGAUAUGCACGAAUCAAGUGGACAACACGGCAGCGACUCAGUACGGGAUGGAUAUGGGUGGAGAUGGAAUAAGGGGGAGGAAGAGGAUACUGGACGGUCCAAUAGAGAAAGUGGUGGAGAGGAGGCAACGCAGGAUGAUCAAGAACAGAGAAUCAGCGGCCAGGUCUCGAGCCAGAAAACAGGCAUAUACUGUGGAGCUGGAAGCAGAGUUGAACCAUCUGAAAGAGGAGAAUGCUCGGCUCAAGAUGACUCUGGCAGAAGCAGAGAAGAAAAGAAGGCAAGAGAUGGAGGAAGAAAUGAAGGUGAAGCCUCCAACAAAGGCGCAGAAAGCUGCCGAUAAGCUGAAGGCAAUAAGGAGGACUGUGAGCUGCUCCAAUGGGUUCUCUUAAAAAGGAUGCAGAGUUGCAUUUACAAGGUUCAGUAUGUGACGAUCCUAUUAAUUAGUUCAUACAGAUCACUAGUCCAUGCAGAAAUAUGUAUUUGUAUAUGCAUAUAAAUCAUAAAUCAUAAAAAGGGCUUGUUUAUAUUUUAUAGGUAUUAUACCUUAACUAAUCUGUCGUGUUGUGCUACUUGUGUUUUAUAUACCCAGAGCAAGAAUAAAGAAAAAGGUCACCGCUUCUCUGGUAUAUAUGAGACCCAUAGCUCUGCAUCUCAGCAAAAUCCUGCCACCGCCCAAUAAAACAUGAGCACGCCAGCCAUUCGGUCAAAAAUCAUAUCACCAGGUGGUUGAAUUUAAAACAAAUAGGAGUUGUGUCAGUGUUUAUAGGAUGUAAUAUUUGCUGCAAUGGACAAUGGUGAGUACAUUUUCAUCUUGGCUGUUAAGGUUGGUAUUUGGUACCAUUGCUUUAGCUACCUGAAACAUUUUGG